AUGGGUCCCUUCAUUCUUUUCACACUCUCGCCUCUCGGUGCGGCGCUUCCUACCGACGAAAGCUCGAUUGCGGACGAGUUUCCAGGGGCUAUAACGAUGUGUCUCCUGAGGGGUCUGUACACUGAUGACUUGGCAAUGGAAAACUUGGCCGCGCCCAUUAUCAAUACUAACUUUCGGUAUGUGGAAUUUAAGCUCUAUUAGGGGUCUAGGAAAAGUAUUUGUGAUUCGAAUGUGGAAAGGUUGACACAAGUGGGGCAAUUAUCAUGGCUUCAAUAUCGAUUUCUUGAUAUAAAAAUAUGAUAGGGAUUUUACAACACUAUGUUCCUUGGCGCAAAUUUUUUUUUCUUGCAGUUCGUCAUUACUGACCUCGGCUAUGCAAUCAAUAGAAUCGUCUCGGAACGCUCGGCCUUCUAUCCAAUCCCCGAAACGGCUACCACUCACAUCCACGCGAAGAAAGCGUUGA